AUGGCAUCAGGCGGACUGGGCCGAUCGCGCAUGUUCAUCAGUCACCCAUCAAUGUUUACAUCUGCCAGCCCCGAGGCUCGGCUUUGUGAUGUGCGCGCCAGAGCAGCUCCCCGGAGUGGUCGAGAAAGCCACGAAGUAUGGCACAAUCCUGAUGGCUGCUACGGCUACAACCCUCACGUGCGCUACGCGGCGGCCGUGGCAUUGGGUAUCGCCUGCGCGGGCACCGCGUUGCUCGAGGGCCGCAGCAUCUGCAGAUCCAGUUCCUGGCACUACCAACACUUCUCGACGCCCUCUGACGAGGGCCGUCGAGAGCUUCACAAUCUCCGCGGCUGCGUGCCCCUUCAGGUCAGCAUCAUCAUGACCCAGCCACGUCGGAUCAGCGCGAUCGGCGUGGCGGACCGCAUCGCCAGCGAGAUGGCCACAGGCCGACUCGGGCAAUGA